UUUUUGGCUUCUUUCUCCGAUGUCAUCACAAAAGUCCAAAACAAACUACUCUCUCUUUCUCUAACCAAUAAAACUAAACUAUUUUCUUUUUCUCCUCCAUCCAAAUAAAGUACAUCUCUUCAAGCAGAAAGUACAACCAUCUAAGGCACUCUACCUUCACUCCAAAGCUCAAUUUCUUCAAAAAACAUGGCUUCCAAUUCAAGAUUCCAUUUGGGUAUUUUUCUUCUCUUCAUUUUACCCCCUUUUACCCUCUCUUUCAUUCUCAGCCCAUCACCACAGCCAGAACCAAAUCCCACAAUAUAUGAUAUUCUCCCAGAAUAUGGGCUUCCACGUGGCAUCUUCCCAGACACUGUGGAAUCCUUCAAUCUUGAUAAAGAUGGAAACUUUGAAGUUUUUUUGAAGACCCCUUGUUAUGUUGAGUUCGAAUACUUGGUUUAUUAUGCUGAAAAGAUUAGUGGGAAGCUAGGUAUUGGGUCAAUGACUGAGUUAAAAGGGAUUGAAUUGAAAAGAUUCUUUUUUUGGUUCAAUGUUAAUGAAAUUAGAGUUGAUUUGCCACCUUCUGAUAGUGUUUACUUUCAGAUUGGUUUUGUUAAUAAGAAGCUUGAUGUGAAUCAGUUUGAGACUAUUCAUUCUUGUAUGAACAAUGGAAUUUGGUUGAGCUCUUGUGGUGGAUCUUUGAGACAAGUUUUACAGCUUCCACCUCCUGUCAAUGAUAUGCAAAUGCUUAAUACUGAGUAAAUGGGACAAAUAUGCACCUCAAGCUAAAAGGAGCAAUGGCAAAUGUAUUAUUUACUUCACUUCUUGUGAAGUGAAGGUAAUAAAGGUUGAUCAACGUACAAGAACAUAUGAUCAAGUAAAGUUUCCACGGAUGUAUCAUUUAUAACAAGAUGUAUUAUAUUAGUUGAUGUAUAUA